GAGGAACUGGACCGAAGCACAAAGAUACUGCAGAGAGAAAUACACAGACCUGGCCACCAUCACCAGCAUGAAGGACAUGAACAGCCUGACCAACAGCUUUAAUUUAAGCGAGCACCAACAGUUAGCCUGGAUAGGACUGUACGACGACGUGGACAGCUGGAGGUGGUCACUGUCAGACACGAGCUUCUACGGACACGGAGAGACCGAGUUCAGACGAUGGGGGAAUAGACAACCAGAUAACCAGGACAGUGGAGAAUACUGCACAGAGAUGUGGGCUGAUGGCUAUUGGAAUGACGCACCGUGUGAUGUCCGUCGUAAGGUGGUCUGCUGUGACGUCACAGGCUCUAAUGUGACUUUUGUCUUCAUCAACACCACCAUGAACUGGACUGAGGCCCAGAGCUACUGCAGACAGCACCACACAGACCUGGCCAGUGUGAGGAACCUGGCAGAGAACCAGCAGGUACAGCAGCUGAUGACUGCAGCAGGAGAGUCAGACGUCUGGAUCGGCCUCUUCAGAGACUCCUGGAAGUGGUCAGAUGGAGGUAACUCCUCUUUCAGGUACUGGAGACAAUCGCAGCCUGAUAACCGUGAGAGUAAGGAGUUUUGUGUGGCUGCAAACUUUAACCAGUCUGGAAACUGGGAGGACUGGAACUGUGACUACAAGAGAGCGUUCAUUUGCUACAGCAAACCCGAACCACCAAAGCCGACUACGACCAAGCAAGUGUUCAGACUGAGGCUGAGCAAAGAGGACUCCUCUCUGGACCUGAAUGACCCUGCUGUGGCCGAGAGCCUCUUGAAGCAGAUCAAACAGAAGCUGAAGGACCAGGGGCUGAGUGACGACGUCAGACUGAGCUGGAGGAAGCAGCCGGGUGGAAAAAUCUUCCACAAGGAGGAGAAGAAGAAGACCACGGAGGACGAGCUUUAAGCUUCAGCUGUCUGUUUUCAGCAGAGAAAAGUGAAUUUCUUUCCUCAAAGUCCUCACGUAACGAGUCAGAGCAGAGCUGCAAGAAUACGCUGAGUCAUGGAUUAUUCACAGAUAUUAAGAUCAUCCGUUCAUCCUUAAAGUCGUUUUGUGAGCUGGUUCCAGCUUCUUGAUGCUUUUCUUUGUCAGAUAUGAUCAGAAACUUCAUAUCUGAAAUUGUUGCUCCAUUAAAACAAGACACAAGAUUUAUCUUUUUGGCCCGUUGGAAAUGAUAACAGGCUUUUUCACUUUUUUUAAUAGAUUAAAUAAAAUAAGAAAAAAUGCUUUAAGAUAAGAUAAAAUAAAGUUAAGAUAAAUUAUGACUUGACUGGGGAAAGUUCCAGUGAAAUGUCUUUUUCCUAAUUAGACAUUUUGUAAAUAAAAUACUUUAAGAUCAAUCAAGAUUAGAUUAGAUGUUUUUUAAAAAAAGAUUUGACUGAAGGCCACACCUUAAAAAUAAGCUUUAAUUAUUUUUGGAAACUUAAAUAAAAAAAAGAGAGAAAUAAAAUGCCUUUUUUUAAAUUGAGAGUCUUUUUGCAACAGUACUAAAAUCGUCAAAUUUUGUUAAUUCCAGCUUCUCAAAAAUGAAGAUUUGAUGCUUUUCUUUGUCAUAUAUGAUCAUAAACUUAAUAUCUUUGAGGUGAAUUUAUGUUUGGGUGGUGGGAAAUCAUAACAGGUGUUUGGUUUUU